AUGGUAUACACCAACUCCGCGCUCACAAUGGCUUUCAAACGGCCAUAUUUGAUUUCCUGCUGUUCGCAGAAACUGUCUUUGCCAAGCGAGACAGCCCCUUAAGAUAUAUUAAACUGUGCUGUCUGCAUUCAAAUAUAUAAUUCGGAGUCUAUACCGCUCCUCUCUCUAUUUUUGACCACGUGAUUGUCUAAAUAAUUAAUGCAGCACGUCCCCUAGAAACACGGCGUCGUCAUUAAUCGCGAGGACUCUAUCAGACUUGAAAACUGAAGAGAUCCCAAGAAAAUAAUAUCCAAACGCUCCGAUACCCAACGCAACUGUAACCAGCACUUUAGCACAGCCUCUCAACCAAUGGAAGCUUGGUAGGUCGAGGUGGAUGUAAUGAUGAGCACGUGAAGAAAAAUACAACACAUAUCUGCAUAAAAUACGGUCAAGGAAUACAGAGGCUGUGGGAAACUCCAAUCACGUGAUACAAGAACACCCAUGCCAUUGGAUAGGGCCUUCUUGGUUUGAAUCCUCACAAUGCAGAAAGCUACAUACUACGAUAAUUCUGGACUUUUUGGAAGCUAUUCUUACCCCAAAUCCGACUCAUAUAUGUAUGGCCCAACUCACCAGCCCUACCCCACUUCUAACCUUGAGAGUGAUUAUCAGGGUCCAGUUUGUCCAAUACAAACCACAACUGUACGGCCACCAACUCAUAAAGACAAUGACAUGAAUGGCAACUGCAUGCGACCAAGUAGCAGCCAAGGAAACAGCCAACAGUCGAGUAUUGGUGAACAGCCGCAGGCACCUCCAUUGUCGGCAUCUUCCCCUAACUCCAGCAACACUUCAUCUCAGAAGAAGAAAUCUCCUCCAAACAAUGCUUCUAAUACUGCCACCCCAGUCAUUAACAAGCAAAUAUUCCCAUGGAUGAAGGAGACGCGAUCGAACGCCAAACAGAAAAGCAACAGCAGCAACAAUUGCACAACUGCAGAAGGUGAGUCCUGCGAUGAAAAAAGUCCACCUGGUCCAGCCUCCAAACGGGUCCGAACUGCCUACACCAGUGCACAACUUGUAGAACUUGAGAAGGAGUUCCAUUUCAACCGGUACCUGUGUCGUCCCCGAAGAGUGGAGAUGGCUAAUUUAUUGAAUCUCACUGAGCGCCAAAUAAAGAUCUGGUUUCAAAACAGAAGGAUGAAAUACAAAAAGGAUCAGAAGGCUAAGGGGAUAAUGCACUCUCCCAUCGGACACUCCCCGGACAGAAGCCCACCAUUAAGUGGCCCAAAUCACAUAGGAUAUUCUGUAAAUGUAAACAGCCUCAGCUAUGAUGCUCCCUCGCCCCCGUCAUUCGCCAAACCCCAGCAAAACAUGUACGGCUUGGCUGCGUACACGGCACCAUUAGGUGGCUGCAUACCGCAACAAAAAAGGUAUCCGGGCUCCGAAUAUGAACACCACAGCAUGCAAGGCAAUGGUGGCUUUGCCAACGCUAAUUUGCAAGGCAGUCCGGUGUACGUUGGGGGAAAUUUCGUUGAUUCCAUGCCAGCCUCGGGCCCCAUGUUCAACCUCGGCCAUCUCCCUCAUCCCUCAUCCGCCAGCGUGGACUACAGCUGUGCCGCUCAGAUUCCAGGCAACCACCACCAUGGACCCUGUGACCCCCAUCCCACAUAUACAGACCUCACCUCUCACCAUGCGUCUCAGGGAAGGAUUCAGGAAGCGCCUAAACUAACGCAUUUGUAAUAUGUGAGGAUUCCAUCUGUGUGCCCAAAUUAUGUUACGCUCUUUUAUUACCUCACUAGUCUAACGUAAUUUAUAUGAUUACACUACAAGUGAGUCAUGUGUAUUACCCAGUAUUAUUAUUGAUAUUACUAUUAAUGCUAUUGUGUAAUUAUUUUCUAAGAAUAGCUGUGGUACAUUUUUCUUGACUGUUGAGGAUGCGCAGGGGAGGCCGUUUGUUUGUCAGUUGUUCGUUUUCUGAAGUGCAAUGCGCAGUAUGGGGACUGAAAAUGUCAUAACAUUACUUGAAGGUAAGUCCUGUAGAUCUGACAGUAGUCACCCAUCUUUAUAGGGAUGGAUUUUAUAGAAAAAAAACUCUAAGCUGUCUGUUUGUUAAUUUCAAAUUUUCUAAAUUUGAAGCGUCUUAUUUAUUUUUCCAAGAUUGUAUUGCAUUUAUCUCCUUUACGAUAUGUAUUAUUUAACGAUUUUUGUAUCACACAUUAUUUAUCAUUUACAUAUAUGCCUAUUUAUAUGGACAUCUAGAAUUUAUGCAACAUAGUUGGACAGACUUUGACAUCAUAGCUCUUCAAUAGGUACACAGGUUGUUGGUGAAUGCUAGUUUUAAGAUAUGGUUUCAGUGGCUGGUGGUUUUAUGUUGUUGUAGUAGAAACUCCUAAGUGUAAAUCUUGGAAUAUUGGGGCAUUUUUCAUGAUUCAUCUUGUGUCAAUGCCUCUAUGAAAAACAAAGUUAUAUGUAGCCUUUUGAAAUACCGAAUAUUAUAGAAAUGUAACACACCAGCAUGUCAUUUGUUGUCAUUGCCAAUUUUCAUAUCACGUCAUUGUUAUUUCAUCAGUUGGACUGUCCAUGCAUACAUUUAUGAAACGCUAAUGAUAUGAAAAUGUUAUAUUUUAUUGUGUUUAACAUUUUGUAAAUAAA